UACACUUUCCUCUACACAUAAUAAUGAAAUCACAUAAUCCAGUUGUUGAUCAUAACAAAACAACAAUGAAAUCCUUCAUUUUCUCUCUCCUUUUCAGUUCACUCUAUUUGCGACACUUUUCUGUAGCUUUUCUACGCCACCAUCCUCCGCCGUCAACACUUUCUCUCUCCGCGGUCACUGAUCCUAAACCCGACGUCUUUUUUGAAGUAACCAAACCCAUAACCACCACUACAUCCACCACCCCUUGUUCUCACACCGUUCUCUUGCAUGAGUUUGCAUUUACUUACGGUCACCCUCCUGUUACUGUACCUUACUCACCGCCAUUAAAAUGUCCUUUCAUGGAGUACUCAAGUAUUAUACUUGAAUUCUCUGCUACUUGCUAUGGCCGUCAGUAUGAUCGCAUAUUUGGGAUUUGGGUUGAAGGGGUUGAACUUCUUCGUAGUUGUACUGCUGAGCCUACUCAUUCUGGAAUCUUCUGGAAUGUUCGUAAGGAUGUAACUAAAUAUUCAUCUCUUCUUAUGAAAUCUAAAUUAAAUCUUUCAGUUUAUAUGGGAAAUAUUGUUGAUAAAACUUAUACUGGUGUUUAUCAUGUUAACGUCACUUUUCAUUACUACCCAUUUGAGAAUUCUGAUCAAAAAAGGGGGAAUUUGGUUGAUUUAUAUGGAAAUUCAGCAGAUUUAAUACUACCCAUUUCCAGAAAUUUGCCAUUAAAUGAUGGGUUAUGGUUUGAAAUUCAGAAUUCUACUGAUUUUCAAAUGAAGGAUUUGGUAAUCCCUAGGAAUGUUUAUAGAGCUGUAUUAGAAAUUUAUGUUUCAUUUCAUGAAAAUGAUGAAUUUUGGUAUACAAAUCUUGAUAAUGAUUAUUUAAUGGCUAAUAAUUUGAGUUUGCCUGGAAAUGGUCCUUUUAGGGAGGUUUUAGUGAAGUUAGAUGAUGAUUUAGUAGGAGCUGUUUGGCCAUUUACUGUGAUUUUUACUGGUGGAAUUAAUCCCCUUCUUUGGAGACCAAUUAGUGCCAUUGGAUCAUUUGAUUUACCCUCUUACGACAUCGAAAUUACUCCGUUUUUGGGUAAAUUGUUGGAUGGAAACCCACAUAGAUUCGGGUUUUGUGUUACGAAUUCAAUGAAUGUAUGGUUCAUUGAUGCUAAUUUACAUCUAUGGUUGGAUCACAAUGUUGAUGUGUUAAAAGGGCAGCUCUUGAUGAGCCAUACCGAGCCCUUAACCUUGUCGUUAGGAUCCGAUUUUAAAGGGCUUAAUGGGAAGUUCUUCGUUGGUGCAGAACGGUCUAUAAUGUCUCGAGGUUGGGUAGCAUCGUCUAAAGGGAAUAUCACUACGGUUUCUACCCAAAACUUCAAUUUCAGUAACAAAAUCGUGCUGAUGAAGAACGGGAAUUAUCAGACUGUGAAUCAGAGUAUUCAUUUUAACACAAGUGUAUCAGCAAACUUGCCAUCGAAUACGCCAUUCUAUAUGGUCGAAUCAUUCAAGAAGUUUUCGGUGUUUGUAUACACCGAUGAGGAUGAUCUAGGCGAUGAUGGGUAUACAUUGAUGAGCAAUGUGAGCUUAGGAUUUGAUGAAGAUAAAAAAGUACUGUCUUCUGCUGGUGUGUUGUCCUGGACCAAGCUUAAAAACCAGCAAAAUGGGGAGGGGUUUAUGAGAGUUAAGAACCAUUUGGUGAGCAAUGGGUUAGGAAGUACACAUCAAGUUUACGAUUAUGUCGAAAACGAGGAUCGGUUUUGUUACUUUAGGAAUGUUAGUAGUUACAACUACACCAUUGUUUUUGAUCGAGUGAGAAAUAAGUGUAAACAAGAAGAUGGAGUUCAUGUUCCUCUUUUGGUUGAUCAUGUUGUUCUAAUUUGAGAAUAGCUUUGGGGUCUGUUGGGCAAUUAGCUGUUGGCUGAUUUGAACGACUGAAAGUAUUGACUAGUCUGCUAGCUGUUGGGUAGAGUUAUUGGCUAGUUUGAACGGUUGAAAGUAUUAACUGGUCUGCUAGUUGUUUGGCUCAACUUUCUAUAUUUGUGUUUCUUUUGUUUUGGUAAUGAAAUAUUGCUAUCUAAGUUUACUCACAAUACAACCUAGCUUUCUUA